AUAGCUAUUUACGACAGAAAAACAAACAAGACACACUUUACGGUAGUUUGUAACUAUGGCCUCUGUCUUCAGCGGUGUACUCCAGUUGACAGACCUUGAUGAUUUUAUCACCCCCUCCCAGGAAUGUGUCAAACCAGUUAAGGUAGAGAAGAAACAAGGUAAAUCUGUGGCCAAAAUUCAAAUAGAAGAUGAUGGCAGCUAUGUCCAAGUCAACCAGGAUGGUGGGAAGCAGAAGUUGGAAAGAGCAAAGAUCACAUUGAAUGACUGUUUGGCGUGCAGUGGCUGCAUCACCUCUGCUGAGAGCGUUCUCAUCACGCAGCAGAGCCAUGAGGAGCUCUUUAAAGUGCUGCGCAACAACAAGGCCAAUGCGGCAGAGCAGAAAGUGGUGAUAGUAUCGGUGUCACCACAAUCCAGAGCCUCUCUCGCAGCACGCUAUGACCUCAGUAGCAGUGAGGCCGGCAGGAGGCUCACAUCUUUCUUUAAAGGCCUUGGGGUUCAUCAUGUGUUUGAUACCAGCUUCAGUCGGACCUUCAGCCUGCUUGAGAGUCAGAGGGAGUUUGUGGAGCGUUUUCAGAGGAAGGAGCAGGACAGCAAGUGUUUUCCCAUGCUGACAUCAGCCUGUCCAGGGUGGAUUUGCUAUGCUGAGAAGACCCAUGGAGAGUUUAUUCUGCCUUACAUUAGUACCACUAGAUCCCCACAGCAGAUGAUGGGUUCACUGGUUAAAGGCUAUUUUUCUGAACAACAGGGGAUAAGUCCACAGCAGAUCUACCAUGUGGCUGUGAUGCCCUGCUUUGAUAAGAAACUUGAGGCCUCAAGGUCAGACUUCUACCUGGAUACAGCUGAGACUCGAGAAGUGGACUGUGUCAUCACCUCCGGAGAGGUUCAGAAAAUGCUGGAGGAGCAAAACGUGUCUCUUAGUGAAGUAGAGCCUGCACCCCUUGAUACAAUGUUCAGCAGUGUGAGUGGAGAUGAGUUCCUAAGCCAUGCUGGCAGUGGGUCAGGCGGUUACCUCCAUCAUGUUUUCAUGCAUGCAGCCAAGCAGCUGUUUGGGGAGGAGGUGAAGGAGCUCACAUACAAGACACUCAGGAAUAAAGAUUUUCAAGAAGUGACUCUUGAGAAAGAUGGAAAAGUCCUCUUGUGUUUUGCUUCCACUUACGGCUUUCGCAACAUUCAGAAUCUGGUGCAGAAACUCAAGAGGGGGAAGUCACCGUACCACUUUGUGGAAGUAAUGGCCUGUCCGUCAGGUUGUCUAAAUGGCGGUGGACAAGUGAAGCCGUUACCUGGUCAGGACCCAAAAGAGCUACUUCAGAAGGUGGAUGAGCUCUACAAGUCAGAGCGCCCCCUGACUCCAGAAGAUGAGUCUCGGGUGGCCGAGCUGUACCAGUCCUGGCUCCACAGUGUGGGGGAGGAGAAAGCCAAAGAGCUGCUGCACACGCAGUACCACACGGUGGAGAAGAUGACAAAUGGACUCGCUAUGAAGUGGUGACGAAUGCCUUUACUGUUUUAAUUGUUUUAUUUUGCCCGGAUGUGUUCCUGUCUCUCUUUAGAGUAUGGGAAAGGAUCAUGGACAAAGUUAAAUAUGUGAAGGUUUUUCAUCAGCUUGUGAACCACUGUUCUUCCAGUCCAGUAGUUGUCUGAGUCUGGCAGAGUAAGGCCUGGACGGUCAUGGCUUAUCAUGUAUGUGAUCUGAUAACUCUCACUAAUACUGCUGAUUGUGUUUCAUGUUAUCCAUUUUUCUGGUCCUGUCACAUGUCUAAUAUAUGAGCUAAAAUAACACCAAGCCCAACACAGUAUAAUCAUUCCCUGUUUAUUUAGCCUUAUGAUUAUAUGUAUGUAUAAAAAGAAAUAAAGACAUUAUUUAAUUCUA